CAACACUGCUGCUACUUGGAGACCCGAUCCGAACGUCCAUUCCAUUUCGUCCAGUUACGAAUUGAGUGCUUGUUCUCUGUUGAGCUAAGGCCAAGUGGCGACUUGCACACUUUAUUAAAAAUACAAACAUGUCCAAGGCAGAAUUAGCUUGUGUAUACUCUGCACUCAUCCUCGCCGAUGACGAUGUUGCCGUAACUGGAGAGAAAAUCCAAACCAUCCUCAAAGCAGCCAGCGUUGACAUUGAGCCCUACUGGCCUGGCCUCUUCGCCAAAGCCCUUGAAGGUAUCAACGUCAAGGACCUCAUCACCAACAUCAGCAGUGGUGUAGGUGUUGGCGGUGGUGCUCCAGCAGCUGCUGCAGGCGGUGCUGCACCCGCUGCUGCUGCUGCUCCAGCCGGUGGUGACAAGAAGAAAGAAGAGAAGAAGAAGGAAGAGAGCGAACCUGAAUCAGAUGAUGAUAUGGGCUUCGGUCUGUUCGACUAAAAAUGUACAAAUUCCUUUUUUUUUUUACAAAUGUACAUAUAUUUCUGAUAUGUGCUUUAUAAGUAUGAAAUAAAAGACUUUUAC